AUGAUCCACCGCGAAGUAGCCGAUGGUCUAGAGCGUCUUUGGAACGUAAGAGUAAACUGCAUAUGGGAAGCCGAUGAUGAAAGUAGUCGCCAUGGAGAGGUUUAUAUAUUCGACCAUGUAUUUAAGCAGGAAUGUACAAAUUCAGAUGUAUAUGGAUCUGUAGUAAAACCUUUAGUCGAUUCCUUCAUGGAAGGUUUCAAUGCCACAAUAUUUGCAUAUGGCCAAACAUCUUCUGGCAAAACACACACCAUUUUGGGCAAUAAAACAGAUCCUGGGCUUUUCCAAUUAGUAUCCAAUCAGUUAUUCCAGCAUGUGGCAGACCAGGUUGAUAAGAGGUACUUGAUUAGAUGCAGUUAUAUUGAAAUCUACAAUGAAAAGAUCAAUGACCUCCUGGAUAAGAGCAAUCAGGGUUUAACUAUAAGAGAAGAUAUCAAAGGAAAUGUGCUGCUUGAUGCAAGGGAAGCUGUCGUAGACAAUGUUGAUAAAGUUAUGGAGAACAUGAUGCAGGGCAAUAAGAUCAGACGAGUUGCAGCUACUCGCAUGAAUGAGAGGUCAUCUCGAUCACACACGAUUUUCCGGAUUAUUCUGGAGUCGAAAGAUGCCAAUCAGAAAGAUGGACCUGUACAUAUAAGCUACCUUAACUUAAUGGACUUAGCUGGUUCUGAGAGAGUUUCUCUGACGAAAGCUGCUGGUGAGCGUCUUAAAGAGGGGGCUAACAUAAACAAAUCUUUGUCAGUAUUAGGAAAUGUGAUAAGGCAACUAAGCGAGGGGAAGGAGUUUAUCAGUUUAUCGCGAUUCGAAAUUGACUAG